GGCGCAACACCUCCAGUGAAUGAGUUCAAGGCGGGCAUGAAGCUGGAGGCGCAGGACCCUCGGAAUACAACGUCCACCUGCAUUGCUACGGUGGUGGGCCUGACUGGAUCGCGGCUGCGCCUGCGCCUCGAUGGCUCUGAUAACAAGAACGACUUCUGGCGCCUGGUGGACUCGUCAGAGAUCCAGCCUAUCGGCAACUGCGAGAAGAACGCAGGCAUGCUGCAGCCGCCAUUGGGCUUCCGUCUGAACGCAUCCUCCUGGCCGAUGUUCCUUCUAAAAACACUCAACGGAGCCGAAAUGGCCCCAGCACGCAUCUUUCACAAGCAGGAGCCCCCAGCCCCAGAGCAGAACUCCUUCCAGGUGGGCACGAAGCUGGAGGCGGUGGACCGCAAGAACCCCCACUUCAUCUGUCCGGCCACGGUGGGAGCGCUGCGUGGCGUCGAGGUGCUGGUUACCUUCGACGGCUGGCGGGGUGCCUUCGACUACUACUGCCGCUACGACUCCCGGGACAUCUUCCCCGUGGGCUGGUGCUCUCUCACUGGGGACAACCUGCAGCCGCCAGGCACCAAAGGUCUGUGCGUGCCUGUGUGUAUGUAUGCAGUGCUACCCAAGACCCUCGGUUGCCUUUCAGACGAUAGCGUGGGAACAGCCAUGCACCCCAUGCCAGGACAGCCGCCUGGCCAACGGGGACGCAAGCCAGGCCGCAGGAAAGCCAAGCUGACAGGGCUCUGUGGCCAGAAGGGGGCCGGAGUAGGAACACAAGCCCCCCUGCCCAGAAAUGGACUGGAGCAUAUCAAGGUCCCCAAGAAGAGAGGCCCCAAACCGGGGAGUAAGUUGGGCUGGGCGAAGAGAGCAGGCUGGCUGGAGGGUGCCAUGGCAGGCCCAGGGCGACCCAUGUCCCGGCCCAGAGGGAGGCUGCCAGCCGACUGGGCCCAGAGGAUGCAGGAGGGUCAAGUGGAGUCUAUCAAGAUCCCCAAAAAGAGAGGGCCCAAGCCCGGCAGCAAGAGAAAACCGCGGGUGGUGCCCAACCCCGUGCCUGUUUCCCCCAACAGCAGUAUGCCAGAGCCAGACACCAGCACGGUGCCCCUGGACAACGCCACCAUCCCCAGCGCCGCCUUGCAUGCUGCAACAGUGUGUGUAUACCUGAACAAGUAUGGGAAAGUGGGACCCCACUUGGACGGGCGGCGGGUGCAGCAGCUGCCCGACCACUUUGGUCCAGGCCGGGCUUCCUCGGUGCUACAGCAGUGUGUCCAGGCCUGUGUGGACUGUGCCCACAACCAGAGCUCUGUCUUCUCCUGCCUCAAGCCAGGUCACGGAGGAGAGGUCAUAUCGGCCCACUUUGACCAGCAGCACCAUACCCUCACCCUGCCCACGGUCAACAGCGUCACGUACGUCCUGCGCUUCCUGGAGAAACUCUGUCACUACCUCUACUGUGACCCUCUGUUUUGCAGCCAGCCCGUUCCCCAAGGGGGACUGCAUUACGAUAGCCACGCCCACCCAGAAAGGAGAAGUUUUAGGGAGGGCCUCACGACGGGUCCAGGAAGAGGCUCCAAGCGGUUCCUUCAAGACUCCUACUACAGCCCCCUCCCCCACAAGCUGGCCAAAAACCUUUGCCUCUCCUCAGAAGGUGAGCCCUUCCUCAUGGUGAACGGUGUAGGGGGUUCGGGGCACUUAAAAAAGAGCCCCCUGUCCCCGGGCUCGACAGGGCAUCCUCUGGGCCUGCGGUCCCCCACCAAGUUGCUACAUCUCAACUCUUCAGGCUCUGAGCGUUUCAGAGAGAGCCCUCGGCCCAGUGGCCAGGACCCCAACCUGUGGACGGUGAAGGACGUCAUGCAGUUCAUCAGAGACAUAGACCCCCUACUGGCCCCCCACGCAGAUCUCUUCAGAAAACACGAGAUUGAUGGCAAAGCCCUCUUGUUACUACGCAGCGACAUGAUGAUGAAAUACAUGGGCUUGAAGCUCGGGCCUGCCCUAAAACUCACAUUCCACAUCGACAAGCUCAAACAUGGACGCCCAAAUUGAGCUCAUCGGUGUCCCGUCCCCCCCUCCCCUCUACAGGAUAUAAUGCACGGCAUACUACUGGACUAACCAUCACAUGUCGCAUCCGCCACUAGGCUAUGAUACCUGGUGUUAUAUAUCCCCUCCCUUUCUCUGCCGUAUCUAAGAAGCCCUGUGGCGAACUUCUCUUAUUUACAUUUUAUUUCUGUUGUGUGGCACAAUCCAGCCCUACGGCAGCAUUGGAUAUGCAGACUGACUGACUCGCCCACAGCUCCUCCUCAUCCAUCAUGUUACUUGCCUGUUUUUCUAUUCCAUAUUAUCUUACAACAACCUCUACCAAUGAUGCCCUCCCUGUGUGUAGCCAUUUUUUACUGAAAUGGCCAUUUUAGGCCACAGUUUGUAUUACAUUGUUUUUGAUCACAUUUUUUGUGCCUUCCCUGGAAAAUAUGGACUUGCAUUAGGCCAUUUUGGCUGUUUUGUAUGAAAUAAGUAUACUGAACAAAAAUAUAAAUGCAACAUGUAAACUGUUGGUCCCAUGUUUCAUGAGCUGAAAUAAAAGAUCACAGAAAGGUUCCAUACGCACAAAAAGCUAAUUUCUCUCAAAUGUUG